AUCUCUAGGACAGAAUUAUAAUCUAUGUAGAAUCUUAUUACUUAUUGUUGGCUUAUGGCCUUCCCGACAAUCCAAGUGUAUUCAAUUUCAAUUUAUCUUUUUCUCUGCUAUUCUAUUAACAGGUAUUAUAUUUCAGCUGACACCAUUAAUAACAUUAAAUUGUACUUGGAAUCUUGUUAUCAAAGUGUUGUCUUCCGUAUUUUUCUUUAUGAUAGUCAUAAUAGAGUAUAAUGGAUUCCGUCUUAACAAUGAAGUUAUGAAAAAUUUAAUAAUGGAGCUUCAACAUAUACUUAACAAACUGAGGGACAAAAACGAAAUUGCUAUUAUAGAAAAAUAUAGUCAUAGUACAAAACUUUACACAGUUUUAAUUAUGACAAUUGGAAUUUGCUCAAUAUGUAGUGUUAUUAUAGUUCAAAUUUGGUUCAAUAUAAAUAAUGUUGAUUUACAAGUGAAUUCAUCUGAUCCAUAUUAUUUAAUCAUUAUGGAAUAUUUCAUUGAUCAGCGAAAGUAUUUUUAUUUGAUUCUGUUGCACAUCAACGCAGUAAUUUACAUCGGAAUAAUUACAUUGUUGGGAAUAGGUAUUAUGCUCAUUACAUAUUUUAAGCAUAUCUGUGGAAUGUUGAGAAUUGCUAGCUAUCGUAUCGAGCGUGCAAUAAAUAUCGAUAUUUUACAAAAUUUUACACUAAAAAACAAGAUUUGGAUGAUUGAAGGUAUAAUUUGUGCUGUGGAUACUCAUCAGCAAGCUAUGAAAUUAUGCCUAAAUUUUCUAUCCACAUUCGAGGUUAUGAUAUUCAUGAUGAUAGGAUGUUUGGUACUUUGCUUUAGCUUCAAUCUGUUCCAACUUUUCCAGACAGCAGUAUCUACGAACAAUGAAUUUUUACUGCCGGCUGUAUAUACAGUAAUAAGUAUGUUAUACCUAUUUAUAACUAACCUUGUCGGACAGAGCAUAACCAACAAUAAUAAUCAUAUAUUCGAUACUGUCUACAACGUUCAGUGGUAUAGAGCUCCGUUACACAUACAAAAAAUGAUACUGUUCUUAUUGCAAAGAGGAUCCAAAGAAUUUACUUUAAAUGUCUAUGGAUUAGUGGACGGAUCUAUAGAAAAUUUCGCCAUGCUAAUAAAGGCUUCGGUAUCUUAUUUUACCAUCAUAUGUUCUACACGUUCAAUUUAAUAACACCAUGGUGAGGACAUAAUUAAAUAAACAAAUGUAUUUAUGCAUAGGAAAUAAAUUGAUAGACUCUUUGAACGUAUAAUGUAAAUAA